AUGCGCCUAAUUUGCUCUAAAUCACGCGUUGCACCUGUCAAGCUUCUAACGUUGCCCAGAUUAGAGCUCUGUGCCUCACUACUGCUUGCUCGACUUUAUCGUACUGUAAAGCCGGCUAUAUUAAAAGAAAUUAAUGAGUCUUAUCUUUGGUCCGACUCUACAAUCGUGCUGCAUUGGAUAAAUACUCCAGCUUACCGCCUGAAAACGUUCGUAUCUAAUCGUGUAGCAGAAAUACAAGAAGUUGCAGCGUCUUGCUACUGGCGUCAUGUCUCUUCACAAGACAACCCCGCGGAUCUUAUAUCACGUGGUCUACUUCCAUCGGAAUUCAUGGCGAGCUCCAUUUGGUUUGAGGGUCCAUCUUGGCUAUUACAAAAAAGCUCAUUAUGGCCUAACGAAGAACUCAAUUCUAUCGACAUUCCUGAGUUGAAACCAAUAAUUCCCAAAAUUGCUUGUAUGAAAAUUGAACUCAAAGAGUAUAAUCUUAUUGAAAGAUAUAGCUCAUUCAGCAAGCUCCAGAAAGUUAUUGCAUACAUAAGGCGUUUUAUCCACAACGCUAAAUCAACUAAUCAGCGCAAAUUUGGUCCAUUAAGUGCUGAUGAACUUUUGCAAUCUCAUGACUUAAUUAUUCAAAUGAGAGGGGAACAGCUUCCUGCUACUAGCAAAUUAAUUCCAUUGAACCCAAUUUUGGAUGACUGUGGUAUCUUGCGUGUUGGAGGCAGGAUCGCACGUGCUUCUAUAGCUUCGGACCAGCUCCAUCCGAUUUUAUUGCCAAGCCAGCAUCACAUUACCAAGAUAAUUAUAAGAGCAGAGCACAUAAGGUUUAAGCAUGCUGGAAUACAGUCGACUCUAUAUUCUGUGCGUCAGGUAUUGGCCUAUGAACGGCCGGAGCACCGCGAGGAGCGUAAUUCACAAAUGUGUGCCCUGUUAUCGGGCUAA